CCGGAUCCCCUGCGCAGCCCGCCGCACCACGUGACCCCGCCGACCACCCAGCUCCGCCGCAGCCCGCUCGCCAUGGCCCUCGUCGGGGCCCUCUUCCUAGCGCUUCUGGCAGGCGCUCAGGCCGAGCUCCCCGGCUGCAAGAUCCGCAUCACCUCCAAGGCGUUGGAGCUGGUGAAGCAGGAGGGCCUGCGCUUUUUGGAACAAGAGCUGGAGACCAUCACCAUUCCGGACCUGCGGGGCAAGGAGGGCUACUUCUACUACAACAUCUCGGAGGUGAAGGUCACAGAGCUGCAGCUGACAGCCUCUGAGCUCCAUUUUCAGCCAGAGCAGGAGCUGAUGCUACAAAUCAGCAACGCCUCCUUGGGGCUGCGCUUCCGGAGACAGCUUCUCUACUGGUUCUUCUAUGAUGGGGGCUACAUCAAUGCCUCUGCUGAAGGCGUGUCCAUCCGCACAGCUCUGGAGCUCUCCAGGGACCCCACUGGCCGUAUCAAAGUGUCCAACGUCUCCUGCCAGGCCUUGGUCUCCAGAAUGCACGCAGCCUUUGGGGGAACCUUCAAGAAGGUGUAUGAGUUCCUCUCCACAUUCAUCACCUCGGGGAUGCGCUUCCUCCUCAACCAGCAGAUCUGCCCCGUGCUCUACCAUGCAGGGAUGGUGCUGCUCAAUUCCCUCCUGGACACCGUGCCCGUACGCAGCAAUGUGGAUGAGCUUGUUGGCAUCGACUACUCCCUCCUGAAGGAUCCUGCAGCUUCUGCCAGCAAUCUGGACAUGGACUUCCGGGGGGCCUUCUUUCCCCUGGCGGAGGGUAACUGGAGCUUGCCCAACCGGGCGGUUGAGCCCCAGCUGCGGGAGGAGGAGCGGAUGGUGUACGUGGCCUUCUCCGAGUUCUUCUUUGACUCCGCCAUGGAAAGCUACUUCCGAGCGGGUGCCCUGAAGCUGUCACUGGUGGGAGACAAGGUGCCCCACGAUCUGGACAUGCUGCUGAGGGCCACCUACUUUGGGAGCAUCGUCCUGCUGAGCCCGGCGGUGAUUGACUCCCCGCUGAAGUUGGAGCUAAGGGUCCUGGCCCCACCUCGCUGCACCAUCAAGCCCUCGGGUACCACCGUCUCUGUCACCGCAAGUGUCACCAUCGCCCUGGUCCCGUCCGACCAGCCUGAGGUCCAACUGUCCAGCAUGAUUAUGGACACCCGUCUCAGCGCCAAGGUGGCACUCCGGGGAAAGGCGCUGCGCGUCCAGCUGGACCUGCGCCGGUUCCGAAUCUACUCGAACCAGUCUGCACUGGAGUCGCUGGCACUGAUCCCACUGCAGACCCCUCUGAAGACCAUGCUGCAGAUUGGGGUGAUGCCCAUGCUCAAUGAGCGGAUGUGGCGGGGGGUGCAGAUCCCACUACCCGAGGGCAUCAACUUCGUGCGCGAGGUGGUGACCAACCAUGCGGGCUUCCUCACCAUCGGGGCCGACCUCCACUUUGCCAAAGGGCUGCGAGAGGUGAUUGAGAAGAACCAGCCUGCCAGCACCAGCGACACCUCGGCAUCCAGUGCCCCACCACCUGCCACGACGGCUGCCUGAGCCCUCAACCCCACGCUGGCAGGGGCAUCCAGGACUUCGACCCUCUCGGCUCCUCCCAGCCUAUAGCAUCCUGUGUAACCCCCAGUGCCACAGAGAAGACAGGUUUUAAGCUGUACCCAAUUUAAUUCCAUAAUCACACUCAAUCCAUCAAUUAGUCCGUCCACCCUCCCCGUGGGCUGUCCUGAGCUCUGCUGUGUUCCAG